GCACAACUUUAUAAUUGGACUGGCACGACAACUCUCACUUUGCUUCUGUCCCUGUCGUGAUCAGGUCCUUGAUGUAGCUUUGAGAGAUUUAGCUCCGAACCGCGAAGCGAUGUAUCGCCACCUACUUCUGUUUUGUUCUAGUAGUCUUCAUUCCACGGCGUUGCAAAUUUGCCUUGUCGUCCUGCGUUGUUCUACAAUAUUGGUCUUACUUUCAAGCGAAACAAGUUUUUGCACAGCUAAGGCAGAACAAAGUUCAUCAAACCACGAGGAUGCUGGACGACUAUCAUCUGCAUCCGAGCAGUAUGAAUCGCCUUACUGGCGGCAUCUGCCCCAGCCGCAGCCGAAUGAGUUGGGUGACCUGCAGAACAAGGAUCACACGGCGCUGCGGAACCCGAUCCGCGAAGAGACGGAAAGGUUCCGUAAGGAGUGGCAAACGCCUAUGGAGUACCUGAAAGAAGCGCACACCAACUUUCUCACGUAUCCGAACUUCUUCUGCUUCCCGCCCGGAAGCGAGUACUCCUUUUUUCGCUGCUGUCUUCCCAAACUCGCAACGCGGGACUGUUGGGGCCGCAAGUUGCAUUUCGGGUCUGUGAACCCUUUCAACUUCUACCGCGGAAAUAAAGCCUUUGGUCGUCGACGAGAACACGUCGCAGAUGAACCGAAACACGAGGAAGCGACCGCUGAUGUUGAGAGAGACACCAGGUCGCCGCGACGCCCUUCGUCGCGACACGCCGUGAGGCACGAGGAUCAGCUUACUGCCGAGGGCGAUCGCGGAGUUCUUCCCGACGAGAAAGAUUCCGGCCGUGCGUGGGUAGAAAAAGCGGUGCACGAAGAUGCCAAGAGGGAGCUUCUGGACGCGGUCAGUGAUUUUCUUCAUGCGGAUAUCCUCCUAGGUAAAAACGUCCCGACGCCGGUACUGUUGUAGUGCAAUAGAGCAAGGUGGAAAUCCACAUGGCAAAGCUAUCUGCUCAUCCUGUUUGGAGCAGUAUAAAUGGCAAAACGCGUCUGGAAAUACUUGUUGUGCGGACGUGCAUGACCAAUACAAAUGUUCCUGUGGUGAUGCAAAUGUGCGUGACAACAAGGCCGGCGUCGGGACGCUCUUACGCAGGAUGGCGGUCGAGGAGGACGGGCCUCUGCACGCUCCUGGGGACGACCACGAGCACCGCCAUUUAAAACCGAAAAAAUCGUAUGUCUACCAGCGCAUUUUUCGGCACUUGGAGCGCAGGCUGCUGCCGCAGCUGCGGCGCGGCGGUCCUUCCGAGAAGAUUCCGGAGUCGCGUGACGAGAUCAAUGUGGACGACAUUGUCGCGUAUUUCAACCAAACGGACCAGGAUGUGCAGAAUUUCCUGGCGGACGGGGGUCUCAAGCGGGUAAAACAGCGUCGGUUUGAGGUGACACGAGACAACGAAAAACUGAUCCACCGACUAGAGGGUAUGUUCGGCCUGAACGUCCACGACACGGCAGCAGUACCCCUGGCGUUCGAAUGGAGAGAGCACGACGGGCACCUCUUGCGCACGACCAUCCUGGAACGAUUGAAGAACGGAGGUAAAAUGGCCCAAGAUAUCAAAGUGAAAUCUCAAAUAUGUAAAGUGCCCCUACUUCUACUCCUGGUACUGCCGUAGAGUAGCGGGCUGUUCUUUGUGAUGCAAUGAUUUUGAACAACCGAGGCGUGACAGGAGGUGCAAUUAUAAAUAUGUCGCGGCACAUUUCAUUGUUCGUAUAUACCUACGACGGCAAGCUAGCACCUGCACUGUGAGCUAGUACCAUUUUGUCGCGCUAGCACCUGCACUUGCACGACGCGCGUGUGCUGCAUUCCUAUGCCGCUCAUCUAGAGAAUGAGCAUGAGAGAGAUGCAUCUUUGCUGUGUGUAAACUUCUAGCAACGUCGCGCGCGACAAAUAAAGCGUUUGCGCCAUCUCAAUCUGGUUCGAGCUGCUGCGCAAUACAGAUUUAAGUCGGGUGAGGGCGGGGCAUUGUUUACGGUUUGUUGAUGCAUACUCGAGGAGAUUGGUGGAGAAAGUCGUGACCCCAAGAACGGGGCGGGCACCAGGACGGACCAGGGGUACAGCAGCACUCGGGAAGCGUCGGCGACUGCGGCUACUGCUGAUAUCCUGCGCACCUCCCCAGAUCUCUGUUGUCACCACACGCAGCAAGACGAGACGAGCUUGACGAAAUGGCAGCGGCCCCUGCUGAAACUGCGGACGAAAGCGAGCCUGUUCGAGUGCCUCUCGGCCCUGGCCGAUUUCCACGUACGAACCCUCGCGGUGUCGUUCGCGCAGCGGAACGAUUUUAUCGGCCCCUACCUGAACGGGUUCAGUUUGGGCUUUUACCAAGACAUCCAGAAGCAGUGUGAGCAUUGGUACAUCCUCGACAAAGCGGCCCUCUAUGCCGCCAGUGAGGCUUCCUAUCUGCGAAGAGUUUAUAACUUGGCCGACGUUGGUCAGCUUCGUUCUGUGGAUGAAAAAGACAGUGCAGCGAGCGCCUCACAGUCUGAGGAUCGUAAUGAAAUAAUAGAUGCGGAAACGAGAAACAACUUGCGGGACAAAGAGACUACAGAUCUUCAACCCCUCUCCACGACUGCGGGGGUGCGAAAGCCCUUCGGCGUCGUGUCGUCGUGCGUCGAGUCCACGCUGCAGCACUAUCCAGUCGAAAAAAAACUAUGUCGCUGUCUGGAAAGAGUGGAACUUGUGAUGCUCGGUUCCGCCAGUUCUUCCAGAAAAGCUUGUUGUAAUGCAUGCAUGACUAGCACAAGCACUAGCUGCAAAACCUGACGUGUGCGUUUUUGGCAACCGUGAGAUAUGAUUUUUUCUCACGCCAAAUAGGCAUUGCAAAAUUGUUGCAGAACUUGUGCUCAUGUUGCUGCGCCCUGCAAUGAAUCCAGACCGUCUGUUGGGCCACAUAAAACCUGCGUGACAAAGUCCGACUGGACUCUUGCAGACCCGGACGUAUUUGCAAAUGGAUAAGCACUGCUCUUUGACAAUGAGCUUUUGGCAGUGCUACACCAUGUUGCACGCCCACAACACAGAACUGUUCUACGAGGCCGCCUAUGAUUACGACUUGCACCUGCACGAGGUGACCUGUCUGCGCGGGGCGAAUCUUGACGCGGAAGCCUCCUUACGCGGCCUAUGCAUCAUGGGAAACAUGUCGCACUUGUGAUAAAUUUUGCGCGGCCACAAAUUUUUUCAACAGCAAAAAAUGCAGUUUUUCAUGGUGAGUCAGAUAGUAAGUCCCAGUUAUUUUUGCUCCUGAAAAAAGUAGAGAUGCAUGGUCGCGAUGAUAAUCACGAGUACGCCAUAAUUUUUCCCGAGGAUCCGACAACCAGGGCGACCCGGAUUCUCCACUCCAGGCAGACGGUGCCCAUGGUGACGAGGACGGUGCUGGCAGUACGUCAGAGAGUGGACCGCCCGGGGAGGCGGCGUGGGACGGCAAGAGCGGAAGCGCCGCCGAUUCGUCGCACACAACAAGAAGUACUCUCGUCCUAAAACACCAAGGCGCCCACCCGCCUGCGCAACCCGAAGAUCCGCACGCUUGCAUUCGCAACUCCCCCUUGUGCCGGCUCGUGUUCGACGGGCUCGUAUCGCGGUGGCGCGCGAAGCCCCGGGCGGUGCUUCAUGCGUUCGGGCAGUACGAGUGGGUGCUUGCGUAUUUCACAAGAAAACAUUGCUAGUGUAACUUUUUGUAGUUGAUGCAGAGGACCCCCGACGAUGCAAGACACCUACAGUUCUUGUCAUUCUGAAAAAGCGUCAUAGGCUAAGUAGUUUCGUACGUUUACGUGGUUUCGCGUAGUACUUGCGCAUGAUGUUUUCUCUGUCAUGCCAGGAAGAUUUGUGACGCUGUUCCGCCAACAAGGUUACACCGACAAUCUUUUCGUGCUUGGAUAUUGCGGUAGACGCCGCCGACACCAGCAUCGGGCCCGGUUGCUUCUUGCGCAACUUGGAGGAAAUCUUCCACAAUCCGCAGGUCAUUCCGGAGGAGGCCGAGGUGGUUGUGAAGGACCCCUCGAACCAGGAGGACAGCAACGGCGGGGUAUUCGCGUUCAAGGGUCGGUCGAGGUUUGGGAAACUGUUCGUAGACUUGAUCAUAUGAACUGCAAAAGUAUCGUACUCGUAUAAAUGCAUUACAAAUUUACUCAGCAUGAGAGAUAAAAUUUGUAGUGCUGAUUUACCUUAAGAAAAAGAUUUGUAAUGCAUGAUUGCAAUACGAGUGCGAUACUUUUGCACAGGAUUGAUCAACGACAAGGACAACUGGCCUGGGGAGCUCAUUGUAGGAAAAGAACAUACUCCUGUCAUCUUUACUGUGGUGGUGAUUUUUUUUUGAGUAGCAUCUUCACAUGUUGGAAAAAAAAAAAUCUCAAGGAAAUUCUACCGACGGCCUAAGGAGAUUCUCCCUCAAGGAGAUUCCCCCCUAUAAAAUUUGAACUAUGAGCUGGCGCCAUUCUUCAUCCUUAUAGCAUAGAAAGAUAUAGCGGACAAGACGAGCGCUGGCGCUCGUGCAAGAUGAAGGGAUGAGCGUGGGCCAGACUACGCGUGCGCCGACCGUUGCCACCAAGAGCCCCCGGCCCGCCUGUGCACCGGUGGCGGAAGAGUUUUUGGCCCUGCCCUUCGCCCGCCUGCCCCGCCCGCGCCCAGGCUGCGCUCCGUCCUUACAAACAAAACGCGCGCAGCAGCUUUCCUCGUGGUUGGCUCCCAGCGGCGCGGUGGCGGCAUUUCUUUUUUUUCGGUGUUUUUCGUCUUUGAAACUGUACAGGACAGGACAGCUUCUACUUUUGCGCGCGCACUCGCCAAUGGUUAGCAAAAAAGCAAAAAGCUGCUCGCGUUGCGCGCGUUCCCCUAACUGUGAACCUCUUUGUAGCUGGUUCGGUUGUGCAUUGUGGUUUUGCACGGCCGACAGCAAGGGCCGGCGGGCUUGUUGUACUCGUGCGCAUUCCCGGGCCUUGCAGAGCAAAGACUGACCUUGCUCCGCACACGAGCAGCGCGCGCAGCGUCCUCCCUUCCUUUGCUUCGACGGCGUUGCGUGUCCCAUUCCUGCACCGUCGCGCCGGCUUUUUUUAUUUCGCGCGCGCGCCGCGCCUGCUCUGCCCGUCGUUGCUUCGCGCCGACGGCCUUGCUGCGCCUUCGUACGUUCGCGGACCUUUAAAAUUGCCUCCGCGCGCGCGCAGCACGUGCUCCGUUCCUCGCUGUUUCGCGCCGACGGCUUUGCGCUUUGUUUUUUUUCACGGGCGCACGGCAAAAAAAAAAAAAUUGUCGCGCGCGUGCCGCACGCGUCCCACCCUUCGCUGCGUCGCGCCGGUGCCCUUGCGCUUUCUUCCAUCAUUGGCGGCCGGCCAAAAAAAUUCUUGCGCGCGCGCUGCGCGCGCUCCACCCUUCGCUUUUUCGUGCCAGCGCCCUUGCAGUUUGUUGCCUGAGCGGGUACCCGACAAAAAUUUUUUGCGCGCACGCCCCACCCUUCUCUGCUUCGCGUCAGCGGCCUUGCGGUUUGUUGCCUGCGCGGGUACCAGACAAAAUUUUUUUGCGCGCGCGCCCCACGUUUCUCUGCUUCGCGCCAGCACCCCUGCAUUUUCUCGCACGGGGGCCCGACAAAAUUUUUUUUCGCGUAUCCUUUGCUGCUUCCCGCCAGCGCCCUUGCAGUUUCUUACAAGGGUAGCCGAUGAAAAUUUUUCUCGCGCGCGCGCAGCGCGCGCGCUAUUUUCCGUUGCACCGCGCCAGCGUCCUUGCACUUUCUUGCACGGGUGGCCGACAAAAAAAUUUUUCGGGCGCGCGCUGCAUCCUUCGCUGCGUCGCGCUACCGCCCGCGCAGUUUCGAUCGUGCAAGGAUAGCCGACAAAAAAUUUCCUGGCGCGCGCGGUGCGCGCGCUUCAGCCUUCGCUGCCUCGCGCCGACGGUCCGGCGGUUUCUAUCUUGCGCGGGCGACCAAGAGUAAAAAUUUUCUUUCCCGCGCGCGCUGCGCGCGCCGCUUCCUUCGGUGCUUCGCGCCAACGCCCUGGUGGUUUCUAUCUUGCUUGGACGGGCGACCAAAAAAAAAUUCUUCCACGCGCGCGCUGCGCGCGCGCCGUUCUUUGUUGCUUCGCCCCAACGCCCUGAAGGUUUCUACCUUGCACGGGUGGCCGGCGAGCCGCGAAAAUUUUCUCUCGCGCGCGCGCUGCGCGCGCUCCAAGCUGCCUUGCCUCAGGGUAACGCCGUCGGCUUUUCUCGCACGCGCGGGGGGGUGGCUGACAGAAAGUUUGUUCGCGCGCGCUUCGCGCACUGCUCCAUCCUGUGCUGCUUCGCGCCGGCGCCCCCGCAGUUUGUUUCUAUCUCGCACAGGCGACCGACAAAUUUUUUUUUUUGGCGCGCGCCUGCGCGCGCUCCAUCCUCGGCUUCGCUAGCGCCCUUCUAGUUUCUUGAAUGGGUGGCCGAUGCAAUUUUUUUUCGCCCGCGUGCCGCGCCCGUGCCCUUCUUCCUCACUGCCCUACGCCGAAGGCCGUACGCGUUCGCUCGCGCGCGGCUGGCCGGUGAAAAUCUCUUUCGCGGGCGGGCGUUGUGGAUUCUUGGGUGUGGGUAUUUGGCGUGCUGUGUUCGGGCUACCCCGGGUCGUGGGUCCCCGGGGUUGUUCCCGAGUUGCUAUCUCGGUGCGCGGAGUGCCGGCCGCCGCCAGUUGCAGGGGGGCCCGCUGUUCCGGUCGUUGGGAAGGGCCCGCCUUGGUGGGGUGCCCUUGAUGAAAUCGCGCCAGAUGAUUGAACAGCCCGGGGCUUCGCUCGCUGCCCUUGCAAUCUCGCUGAAGUUGCUGGGGGGCGGCCUCUCUUUCAAGUUGCACGUAGCUCCUGAGCGGCUGCCGGGCGCCUGGCCCUUGGGGAUCAGCUUUUCUUGCGCGACUUGCCUGGCGCGAUUUGUGUUUCGUUUGAGGCCGGUUCUAGGUGGUCGUGGGGGUGGUUUGCCUUUAAGGUCGCUCCGGAGCGGGUGCGGGGUGGGACGACUUGCCGUUAAAGCGGUCGAGGGACGACUUGCUUUUCGUUGCGGCUCCGCACCGGCCACACCGGACGAAAUGGCCGCAAAAUUGCGGCCGCUGCCGUUCUUCGGGCUUUAUAGGCCAGUGCGCGUGUGAGAUUGCAUCGGGCAAAUCGCCCUCGAGCGCGGCGCCAACAUAGUCGGCACGGCGCCCUUGCGCUUGCGUCUGCGUCGGGCCGCAUAGGGCAGUGCGCCCGCCCGUGAAGGUGCGGCCUGGGCCGCAAAGGGCGCCCCGCCCCUGGCAUUGCACUGCGCCCGGGCGUCCAAGGGCGAUGAGUCCCGCUUUUGUGGUUUUCUGGCGGGCUAUGAGAAUCUCCUUGGCAAGGAGAUUCUCCCACGUUCGGGGAGAAUCUCCUUGUCAAGGAGAUUCUCCAUGGAAGAAGAAGAGCGUGACGGCAGGAGGGAAUGAAGGAAAUAGAAGGAAAAUGAAGGAAAAAGAAGUAAAUAGAGGAAAAAGAAGCACAUGAAGGAAAAAAAAAGAAAGAAGAAAAAAGAAAAAAGAGAAGAAAAAGGAAGAGGAGGGGGAGGAGGGGAGGAGAUUCUCCUGGGGGUCCAGGAGAAUCUCCGUGGGCCAAGGAGAUUCUCCGAGUCCUUGAAGUUUCCCCUUCACCGAUUUGCAUUUGUAUUUUUUUCCCGCGACAGGACGAGAAAAGUAUCGCGCGAAGCCUUCUAGUCCUGUACUUAUUUGGAAAAAAGAGGCUUGAAAGAUCAUUCAUGGGUCGUCUAGUGCAGUGCGUUAUUGACGAACGCACCUGCCUUGCAUUUUCUGCGUCACCGAUUUGGUUUUGGAGUUUCAACCACACAGUUUUUUUCUUGCAUACCGUGGGGGCGGCUGCUACCCGGAGCAGAUGGCCAUGAACGAGGCGUUACUGGAGCUGGCCGCCCUGGAGACCGGGAUCCCCUACAACUCUGAGUGCUUGAAGUACAUCUUCGGGAUGCCGGGAGAGAACGGGGUCUUUGGCUGCCAGUUCAACACGCACAUCACCUGUUUUCGCCACUUUCUGGAAACCCUCGCGGGCCCGUUCGGGCAGAGACGCACGAGGAAGGUGUUUUUCCUCAAUCCGAGGUUGGUAGACCUAAAUUUCCGCCUAUCCAAAAGAAAAACUCAACACUUUUUAGUUCUCGUGUAAAGUAGUAUCACUCUGGGAUGCUGCAGGUGAACUUGAACACGCAACACACCCUGCACAGGCUUGGGCUACAACCCGGUCGGCAAGAGAUAUGCGCUCGAUCUAAAAACUCAUGAUGUACAGCACUUCGUAUCUAUCGUGCUGAUGAAUGCCAAUGCGCGUGGUGGUCACAGACACAGGGCAGUCUCUUCGUCCUCGUGUGCUAGAUUACUAUAUUUACGUACGGCACGGGCGCGCCCGGCCUCGCAAUUGUGAGUUUUUUCUGUCAUCAACCUGUGGGGCAGAUGCAUUGUCAUGCUUGUAGCAUAAGAAAUACAAAUUAGAAAACUAUUACUACCCGACGAGCAGAGUUUUUGUCCUCGUGGAUAGCGCCCGUACGGGAAUGUGCCGAUGAACGAUACCAAACUUGUGCACGACGGUGAAAAAAACUCUCCCUUCCUGUGGCACUGGGUAAACUACGACCAGAAGAAGCCCUUCAUUCUGAAGCACAUGCUAGGGAUCGAGGACGAGAACAGUGAGGAAGCGCGCAGGGAGCUCGACGAGUAUGCCAUUGUCGACGAGGGGACGGCGAAGCGCCAUUUUAUCGCCUCCCCGCAGUGGUGUCAGCGGGUAAUACGCGGCCCACUAAGUAGUAGAAAAACGGCAAGAGAUGACCAGCAAGGCGUCGGUAGAAGAAGUCCUACUUCGUCGAGCGGCCAGGACAGCGAGGACGCAGUUGUGUCAUCGGUAGAGGACGGGACUGGUGAGUUGGCGAAAACUCCGGGGGAUUCGCCCGAACUAGACCUCGAACCUGAUGAACCCCCAGACGUAGAUACCUGUACUUUUGGCAGUCCAGAGCCCGUCUGCCAACAUCUACCGCAUCAGUACAUUUCGCAGUGUUGAUAGAAGAUGCACAUUCAAUUUCAUCAAGAUGAUGCCCAGCAAGAUGAACAUGCUGAAGCUUCGAGCAGUGAGAAACGUGUGGCACCCUUUUCGUACGCUCUUUCUCUCGUGCUGAUCCGAUGGAAGCUAGGGAUGAAACUAGUUUCUACAGUGUAAAAAAUGAUUCUGUCUUCAUCUGCGCAGUGAUCGCACCAAAAUGAUCGUCUCAGCUAAAAGGCCGUAUUUCUCGGACAAAAUGGAUCCUGCCACGACCAAAACCGUUCCGGUCAACAUGCUUUUCGCUUGUGCAUUCGAACUUGUAAUGUAGAAAUCAGCGUAUGCGUUGUAAUAGGAGAAAAGUACACAACUAAGAGGCGAACACAGAAC